CAAAUAAAGGAAAAAGCAAAGAGAAGGGUCGAUCUUGAGAUGGGAGCAGAUAUUUACAAAAGCAUUAAGAAAACGAUGGGCAUUAGGCGUGAGUUGCCCGGGGAGAAUCUUGAAGCAGUGGCACAACUCGACCAGAAGGGGACGCAGGGGGAAGACGGUGCCACUUUCCAAAGAAAUGAUAUGGAAACCUACCCUAUCAUCCCGGUGAGGCUCGAUAAUGUUGGGCCAACUGGGAUUGUACUCAAGAACAUACCCCUCCGGGAGAUUCCUACGGGCUUUGUUUUGGGCAAUCUUAGAGACCCGGGGAUAGAUGUCGAGCGGGUAGGUGGAAGGAAGAGGAAAGUAACCGGCUGCAUCCAGCCGGUCCACCCAUCUCUCAUACGACUCGCUGUCAGGGUCGUAGGGAGCCAGCUCAUCGUCAACCGGUUCAUCCCUCUCCUGAGAAACCUGACCGGGCAUUUGGUUAACAGGUUGCGGUUCAGGGAUGGUGGUGUUGGGGCCUGACCGGGUUUCGAAACUGGAUAAAGAGGACCCGGUCGAAGAAGAGGAGGUUGAGGAUUCCUCGGAUGCGUAGGCAUCCGAGGAAGAAAUACCUUGACUAUCAGAAGAAGACAUUGACCGGGAAUGAAAACUAAGAUCUAAU